AUGGCCCUUCUCAAGUUUGCCCUUCUAGGGGCUGUGCUGCUGAUCAGCGGCACUCAGGCCCGACUGCCCGUCUCUCUGCAGGAGAAGUGGGGCUUCCUGGAGCGCCUGGAUGACAGCGCCCGAGUGGUGGGCGGUGAGAACGCCGCCAUCGGCGAGGCGCCCUACCAGAUCUCCCUCAUCCGCGACUACGUCAUCAUCAAGCAGCACAUGUGCGGCGGAUCGCUGUACAACCCCCGAACCGUCAUCACCGCCGCCCACUGUACCGAGGGCCAAAAGCCGGGCAGCCUGAUUGUGCGCAUGGGCACCAACAAGGCGAACACGCCCGGCGCCGGGGCGCCCGACGUGAAGGUGACCGAGAUCCGCCAGCACGCCGACUACAACCCGAACACCAUUGAGAAUGACAUCUCGCUGCUGAUCCUCGCCAACCCGGUCAGCCCCAGCUCGAACGUGGACUUCAUUCCCCUGGAGACGGAGGACCUCGCCGACGGCGACCCGGUCAAGGUCUUCGGCUGGGGCCUCACCGACGGCAACGCCCAGUCGACGCCCAACGACCUGCAGAAGGGCCAGCUGAAGGUGGUCAGUCGGGAGAAGUGCCAGGCGAAGUGGGGCGACGUCAACGCCAUCGCCCCGGGCAUGAUCUGCGCCAUCGCCGAGAGCACCCAGGCGUGCAAUGGCGACAGCGGCGGCCCCCUGGUCUCCGCCAGCGGCAAGCUGACCGGCGUCGUCUCCUGGGGCCCGAGCAAGUGCCCGCCCGGCGAGUACAUGGCCGUCUUCACGCUGCCCAAGUACUACAAGGACUGGAUUGCGGAGAAGGCCGCCAAAGUUUAA